CAGCAGCAGCAGCAGCAGCAACAGCGGCACAUUAUUGUCAUGAUUAUGAUCAUGGUCUAUAUCAGGAUGUCCCAAGAAACGAACAUGGCUGACCCCAAACGUGCAGAAGACAGACAGGCCUUCAACGUGUGCACUGCUGCAUGCGAGCGGGUCCCCCAAGAAGCACCACUUACUCUCUUGUCAGCCCGCUUCGGGUCUACCUCCUACGAGGAUACGAGAACAACCCAUUGGCGAAUGGCGAAUGGCGAUGGAUGGUGGGUGGUGGUGGUAGUGGUGGUGGUGGUGUUGGAAAAUCAUUGUCGAUGACAUAGCUGCAGAAACAUCCCUCACUACACUACUGGAGUAGUUCACCAACGGACACGAACGAAGGAACAAAAGUACAGGGGAUAAUUACCCUCUCCCUGUCAGCAGCAGUGCCUAUUUUGUCUCUCUCUCUCGAUCUCUCCCUCCCUCCCUCACUCCCUCCCUCCCUCACUCGCUCCCUUCCUCCCUC